CUUAUAUUUUUCAACAACUGGCUUAGUUAUGUUUUUUAUCUGCUAUUUCUAAAAUCAUAAAAUAUUAAGAGUAUUGCUAUAUAUUUUGGCUAUGUUUCGUCAGUUAACUGUCAUUGAAGGAGAAAAUAAUAAAGGUGGUCUUCUAGCUGGAGUGUCAGCAAAUAAUGGCACUUUUCAAUCUAAUAGUGCAUUAGCUGCUGGUGUAGUUGGUGUUCCACCACAAUCAAAUAACCCCAACACUGCUACAUUCACAAUUCAUCCUUCUAGUCGUUCGAGAAUUCCUUCAUUGUCAAGUUUUCUAGGUGACCAGAACAACAAUUCUACAAACAACAAUAUAAAUAAUAUAAAUAUCAAUAAUAGUAACAACAAAAAUAGUAAUCACAAAAAUAACAACAACGGCAAUAAUAAAGAAAAAAUCGGUAUAAGAAAGUUGGCUAAGGCUUACACAAGAAGUUUUGUUAAUUGGAAUGAUAACACUUUAGCACCUGCCUCCAAUAACGAUAACAAUAACUCUUUGAAUACCAUAACUGCAAAGCUAAAUGCCAUGGAUUCUAUUGGAAGGCAUCGUAGAAAAUCCAGGGUCCCAACAGGAAACCCCAAAUCAAUUGUGUUUGAUAUGCAUGAUAGAAAAGAAGAAGCUUCAGUAAAAUUGGAAAUAUUGAGUACAAGUGAAUGCAACAUUAAAAAUGGUUUUCAAAACAAUGAGCAUAAAAAGAGCACAAUGAAAAAUAGAUCAUAUUUGGGAAAAAAUGAAAAUAGUUUAAAUAUGAAUACCAUGAAUUCAAAUUCAACUGGUAAAGUUUUAACCUCCAAGCAUACAUGCAUUUAAACAUUUCAAUUUGGAUCAAUCUUCUAACUUUUUUGUCUUUU